UAAGGGAAUGUGGCCCAGUAAAUCAGCAGGUAGAGAGGAAGUGAAGGCUUGCAGUGAAGAGGUAAGAAUGUAAGAACCCAUAAGCCACUGUUCAAACCCCAAAGGGAGUAGGAAUGCUAAUCAUAGGACUGUCUAGGGACUGCCCAGUGGAUCCCUCUGCAAGUUAACUGUCUUUCUUCCCUUUAGCAGCCGGCAAGUUCUGUGUCAGGGAGAGGGGGUGCAGAGAGUCAGGACAGGAUGAGGGAUAGCUCAGCUCCCAGCUCAGCUUCUUCAUCAGUGACAGAUCUAUACUGCACUCCCCACAGCAGUAGGUCAGACCUCUUCCUUCCGAGUACAGCAGGAGACUUCAGCUUGAGUGCCAGCUUGUCAGCUUGUACACUGCUUUAUGAGGGCGCAGUGGAGCCUAUGCAGAUUGACGUAGACCCACAAGAGGAUCAGCAGAAUGCACCUGAUAUCAACUAUGUGGUGGAAAACCCAACUCUGGAUUUGGAGCAGUAUGCAUCUAGUUACAGCGGCUUGAUGCGGAUUGAGCGGUUGCAGUUCAUUGCUGACCACUGUCCGCAGCUGCGGGUGGAGGCCCUCAAGAUGGCGCUGUCAUUCGUCCAAAGAACUUUCAAUGUUGAUGUGUAUGAGGAAAUCCACCGAAAACUGUCUGAGGCCACCAGAGAGCUGCAGAACACCCCUGAUGCUGUCCCUGAUGGUGGGAUUGAGCCCCCUCCUCUUGAUACAGCGUGGGUUGAGGCCACACGGAAGAAAGCCCUUCUCAAACUGGAAAAGCUGGAUACGGAUCUGAAAAACUACAAAGGAAAUUCAAUCAAGGAGAGCAUCAGGAGAGGCCACGAUGACCUGGGUGAUCACUACCUUGACUGUGGGGACCUCAGCAAUGCCCUCAAGUGUUACUCACGAGCCCGUGAUUACUGUACCAGCGCUAAGCACGUCAUUAACAUGUGCCUCAAUGUCAUCAAGGUAGGGAGCCAUGCAGCGAGGGAAUCGUACAAUCCACAGAGGAGUCCCUCUCACAUAGAUGAGUUACACCUUUCUAUCUCUGAAAUGACGUUGGUCAGCCAGCAGGUAGCACUAUUUGCUUGUGCUCUGAUUUGCUUCCAUUGCACUGUUGUAUGUCUGAUUGCCUCCUUGCAGGUUAGCGUUUACCUUCAGAAUUGGUCCCACGUUCUGAGCUACGUAAGCAAGGCAGAGUCCACCCCAGAAAUUGCAGAGCAAAGAGGAGAGAGGGACAGCCAGACACAGGCGAUUCUCACCAAGCUGAAGUGUGCAGCAGGCUUAGCUGAACUAGCAGCUCGGAAAUACAAGCAGGCAGCAAAGUGCUUCUUGUUGGCCUCAUUUGACCACUGUGACUUCCCUGAGCUGUUAUCUCCUAGUAACGUGGCUGUGUAUGGUGGCCUCUGUGCACUGGCCACUUUUGACCGUCAGGAACUGCAACGCAAUGUCAUCUCUAGCAGCUCCUUCAAACUGUUCUUGGAGCUGGAGCCUCAGGUGCGUGACAUCAUCUUCAAGUUUUAUGAAUCCAAAUAUGCUUCAUGCCUGAAGAUGCUGGAUGAGAUGAAAGAUAACCUGCUGCUGGAUAUGUACCUGGCACCUCACGUGAGGACACUCUACACGCAGAUCCGAAAUCGUGCCCUUAUCCAGUAUUUCAGCCCCUAUGUGUCAGCAGACAUGCGCAAGAUGGCUACAGCAUUUAACACCACGGUGGCAGCGCUGGAGGAUGAGCUGACCCAGCUGAUCCUGGAAGGACUGAUCAAUGCCAGAAUAGAUUCUCAUAGCAAAAUUCUUUAUGCUCGGGAUGUAGAUCAGCGCAGCACCACCUUUGAAAAGUCCUUAUUAAUGGGCAAAGAGUUCCAGCGACGUGCCAAAGCCAUGAUCCUGCGGGCAGCAGUCCUGCGCAACCAGAUACACGUCAAGUCUCCUCCACGAGAAGGUAGCCAAGGCGAGCUCACUCCAGCUAACAGCCAGUCCCGAAUGAGCACCAACAUGUGAAAAUCUUCAUGUACAAUCAAAGAACCUCCCCCACUUCCCUGCCCCAGCUGUUUGUCCUAUGUCCUAACCACAGACUACUGAGCUUCACAAACUAUCCCUGUCAUUCUCUCUCUCUCUCUCAUUGGGGCUGGGAGAGUCAGGGCUGAUGGUGGGGGCUAAUGUUCAGAUUUGGAUAACUUAAUUCCUUUUGAACAGAAGCUGUCACUAAAUGCAGCAUCCCUGGAAUUGUCCAUCAUUUCAGUGCUGGUUGCAUGUUCUCUGCCCUCUCCUCUGUAUCCACCACCCCAGAAAGAACUCGUAGUAUAUUUCAGAGAGAUGCUGAUCUUGGGUCUCUUCAGCUGCUAUUAGAGCUUUCCAGGAUCAGAACUGCAAAGGAAGAUUGUAAGUUCGAUGGAUGGGGGUGUAUCUAAAGGGAGACUGUUUUACUGACCUGACAGUGUUGCCUUGUCUCUGAGCAAUGCAGUGCUUUUCCUUUACUUCAAAGCCCUCAGAUUGAAAUGCUCUCAAUGGUAUGGGCCCAGCAUUCAGCCAGAGGGGAGCUCCUCUCAGGAAGCACAUUCUAGGACUUCUCACCCACCCUGGGAAAUAUGGCACCACUUCUGCAUACUCAAAGGCAUUUAUUUCAGGUUGUUGCACUUAUCCUGGAUCCAACCUCUUUCAGUCUGGCCUGUCCCUUUUUCAAAGGCCUGUUUCCUAAUUUGUUUCCACAUGCAUAUCACUUGGCUUUGGAUUUUGGUGGUGGUUUGCCACUGCAGUAAGGCUCCAUCGUGUGCAAAUACUGUUGCUUGUCCGUUUUACUUCAUCAGCGUACAGUGGCUUCUUAGCCUGUGCACCAGUGGCUCCUAGUGGUAUGAGUCAAUGCCAUAGAAAUACAACACAUCAGGUCUGGGGCAGAAACCAAAAGAAGCCAGCCCAGGUACCUGCUCGGCAGGUGCAUCUGUCCCAACUUUCCUUUUAUAAAUGGGUUUAAGGUGGCAGCCCAGACUCAUAUAGUGUUGUAUUAAUGAGCGUAGUUAAGUGUUGAAUAUUCUGGAAUUACAGCAACUUUGCAUUCACCCAGUCCCAUAGGACAAAGUUAAGAAUUUUGAUCCAGCCCUGACUGGUCCAGCAAUUUACUACAAACAAAUGUUAUUGUUAAUGCUAUUUUUGUUUUUAAAAUAAGUCAUUAUCUCUAGUUCAUUAAAGAAGGUAAUUAAAAAGCUCA